AUGUCGCAAGCUCAUUUAAACGAAAUAUCAAAUUCUGGUCCAAACGAUUCUAAUGAAGGAUAUCACCACCAUUCAGUAAAUCAUAUGCAUAACCAUCAUCACCAUCAUCAUCAUUCUAAUGUUACCCCUACAACAACAACAUUAGAGUUAAUUACACCAUCAUCAGUUAAUACAAAUUCAGCAAAUAAUUCAACAUGCCCAUGCAUACAUCAAUAUAAUCAUUUACAUCAUCGUCAUAUUAAUCCAUUGCAACAACAGCAAAUACAACAACAACAGCAGCAACAGCAACAAUAUCAUCAUCAGCACACAAAUAAUAGGAUAAUAAAUAUUGGUACACAAGGACUUUUAAAUGGUAAUAGCAAUAUUCCCGUUGUUGAUACUAUUGGUGGAUGUAAUAUCAUAAAUAAAGGAGUCUGUUGUGGUGAUAUAUUAACUCCUUCUUCACAAAAUAAUAUUGGUGAUAUUACUGGUUCAUGUACACAUAAUAUACGAAAUAGUUUACAUUCUACCCAUUCAAAUUUAGAUGAUUUAAAUGAAAAUAGGCAAAUAAGUGGUGAAACUCAUGUUGCUCACGUUACUCAACAACAACAAGAGCAUCAACAUCAAUAUCAAGCUCUUGAUUCAACAUUAGAGGAUGAUGAUGAUGAUAAUGAUAUAGAUAAUAUUGAUGAUAUCUGUGAUUGUAAUAAAAGUAGUAGUAAUAGCAAUAAUUGUAAUCAACAUCAGUUACAACAUCAUAAUAAUUUGCAUUCAGAUACAAAUGAUUCAAGUUCUAUAGGAUUAGUAAUUGGUGGUAAUAUUGUUGGUAAUAAUAAAGGAGGUAUCAGUGAUGUUGAUGGAUCUAUUAUACCAAGUGGUUCUGAAGAUAGUCAAAUAAUAAAUCAAAAAUGUAUUCACCAUCGAAAAAAUAGAAAUAAAAUGCAACAACGUAUAAUAACGUCACGUGGAAAAAGUGUGAAAAAAUUUUCUGAAGAUGAAAAAGAUUGUUCAAGUCGAAUCGAAGUUUAUAGUGAUGCAACCGAUUCUGGUGUUAAAGUAACAGAUGGUUGUACAUCGGAAGAAGAUCAAGGACCGCCUCUACCACCAAGACCUCCACCUAGAUCGCGAAAUUUGCAUCAUCAUGGUAAUGUCAAGAACCAAAAUUUGACUUAG